CCACAUAACCCGAAGGUCUGCAGCAACCACCUCAUUCUAAAUUUCUAAUCUUUGCUUGAGGCAUGGAGAAGAGUAAGGUUCUUGUAGUUGGUGGCACUGGAUACAUCGGCAGGAGGAUUGUGAGGGCGAGCUUGGCCCAUGGCCACCGGACCUUCAUCCUUACGCGGCCGGAGAUCGGCCUCAACAUCGAUAAGCUCCAGCUGCUGCUGUCGUUCAAAGCGCAGGGAGCGCGCCUCGUCGAGGCGUCGAUGGAGGACCACCGGAGCCUCGUCGCCGCCGUGAAGCAGGUGGACGUGGUGGUGUCGGCCAUCUCCGGGCUUCACUUCCUGCUGCAGCUCAAGCUAGUGGAGGCCAUCAAAGAAGCUGGAAAUAUCAAGCGUUUCCUGCCAUCUGAAUUCGGCAUCGACCCAGCGAGGAUGGCGCAAGCUCUAGAACCAGGAAGGGUCACAUUUGACGAGAAGAUGGAGAUAAGAAGGGCAAUAGAAGGAGCAAACAUUCCACACACCUAUGUUUCCGCUAACUGCUUUGCUGCUUUCUUUGUUCCUAACCUCUCUCAAAUGCGUACCCUUCUCCCGCCCAAAGAGAAAGUUCACGUGUAUGGUGAUGGCAGCGUCAAAGUGAUAUUCAUGGACGAAGAUGACGUUGCAACAUACACCAUCAAGUCGAUUGAUGAUCCUAGGGCCUUGAACAAGACAAUAUACCUAAGGCCGGCGGAAAACAUCCUUAGUCAAAAUGAGUUGAUUGCUAAAUGGGAAAAACUCUCAGGAAAAGUUCUUGAGAGAAUUCCCAUUCCGUCUGAUGAGUUCUUGGCGUCAAUGGAAGGUACGGACAUUACAAAUCAGAUGGCGGUUGGGCAUUUCCACCACAUUUUCUACGAGGGUUGCUCAACAAACUUUGAUAUUGGGGAGGAUGGAGAGGAAGCUUCUCUACUCUACCCAGAGGUUCAAUACACCCGGAUGGAGGAGUACAUGAAACGUUAUUUGUAAUCUUGCAUACCUAAGAGAGAUCCCCACUCUUCUAAGUAUCCCAACAUACAUAUUUCACAUCUAUGCAUGAGAAUCAUCUAUCAUGCGACAUACUCCCUCCAUUCCUAAAUAUAAAUAUUUUUAAAGAUUUCAUUAGAAUAGUA